CUCAACUUAACUUGGUCACCUUAUCCUCCUCUGCUCUCUUCUGCUCUCCUCUCCUCUCCUCUUCUCUCCUCUCUCCAUCCUGUCAAUCUUCUUCUACUACUACUACUCCUUCUUCUCCCCCUCGCACACCUAAUCUACUUCCUCCCACCCCCACUCCAUCCUCCCUCCCUCCCUUCCCUCCUUCCAGUCUCCGCGUUCUUGUACGACCCGACUCAUCAACUAAGUGUUUCUGACUUCUUUCGAAUUGAGAGGCUGACUGUCCGUUUCGCUACUGGCAAUUGAUCUACCUGUCUUCCCCUUUGUGUGCUGUCUAUAUAUUUCAUUACGUCCGUCACUUCUCGUGUUCGCACAGUACCACACCAACGGAAUCCCAUCUCUCCCUUGGCUGCAGGUCGCAAUUGACACUCACCGACAAUGAUGGACUCGUCGUUGGAUUCUCCUCCGCACCCGGGUAACCGGAUCGUCACCUACCUGGAGACCUUGGUUAAAUCCAAAUCGUACCUGCCUUAUGGACUCCCUGUCUGCGUUUCGCCUUCGCAUACUGUCACCAACACCGACACUCUCCUGCACCUGGCCGCUCUUGUUGGCCCGCAUAUUGCAAUCCUUCAGGUCUACGCAGAUAUCAUUGAUGACUGGUCGGAGGAGACGGUGCGCCAAUUGAUCGGUCUGGCAAGGAGACAUGGCUUCUUGAUCUGGGAGGGCGGUCGGAUCCUCAAUUCCACAGUGGACCUUGUUGGCGGGCAGAAGUCAGAGACGAGAGAGUGGCGGAAUGAGACUGUGGAUAUGAUUCGCAAGAAGUAUACGAAAGGCAUCAUUAAACCGGCCUCGUGGGCCGGACUUUCGACGGCGUGGGCCUCCGGGGUGGCUGUGUACAAUCAGGAAGCCGACAUUCUGAUUCCCACCUUGAAGGCUGCCGCCCGUGAAGCAGUAGCAGAUGCAGCUCAGACCAUCCGCACCGAAAUCACCGCCGAGAACAGCGCGAACAAUCAUGCUUUCAGCGACCACGACUCGAAUGCGACGUCGCAGCACCUCUCGGAGUAUGCCGUGGACAACACCAGCGGCCUCGAUCUUCCUCCCCGCAAAGCUUCCACCAUCUCCCUGACACAGACUAUCACUCAACAUACCGAAGACUCCACUGAGCUACCUCUGGAAUCUCCCCAAUAUGAGCGACGUGGUUUUGAGUUCCGGUCUUUGAGCCCCGCGACCAUCCCUGAAGACUUCCCGCCCCCACCACUCUUGGCUCGCGGACUGGUCUUGUGUCUGCCAUCCUCCACCGCCAGUUCUUUCACCAACGACUACCGCCGAAGCUGUGUGGCUGCUGCUCGCGCCAAUCAAGAUUUCGUGGCCGGAUUUGUUUGUGGAGAGCCAUGGCACCUGGUGUCUCAACGAAACGACUUGUUUGGUGCGGGCGUCCCCGGCUAUGGCGAUGAGCAGCAGCAGUUGAGCCCUUACUCAUCAGACGAUGACGAAGCUGUGCCUCGGUUUGCUCUGGUGUCGCCUAUCUCCCGGCGCCUCAGCGCAGUUAGUGGUCAAGGGUUAGACGAAGCCGACGAAGACGAGGAGGAAGAGCAGCAGAAUGGUAUUCCUCUGCCUGAAACCCCACUAUCUCUGGACGCCCUCAACCCGCUCGCCUCGAAAUUGUUCCAGAUCACUGGCAAAGCUCUGCAACUCCGCGAGACAUCGGCACAGGAACGCGGAAAUCUGCAUCUAAAGGCAGAUGCCGAUAAGAGCUACCAAAUACUGCACAUUCCUCUAGUGGUACUGCCUUGAGGGCGUACCUGUCCACCAUCUGUUCCAUUUAAACUUUCCCUUUAUAUGUUUCCGUGCGUUCACACACCAUCAUUUCUCCUGGACAUGUACCAAAUAAUCUACCUUUCCUUCACUUCUCGUCCUUAUACAUAUAUUACUACCA